AAAAAUUUGUAUUUAAAAAGUAAGAGCCCAACAAUGAAUAAAAAAGAAAUAAAUUGUACAUUUGCCAUAGUAGGUGGCGGUAUUGCAGGAGUGUCCUGUGCUGAGAGCAUAGGUUUCGUAGCACCAGAGGAAAAUACCAUUUUAAUUACAGCAAGUCCUUUGAUAAAAGCAGUUACAAAUAUAGUCCCACUUGGUAAGACUUUAAUGCAGUUUGAUGUAGAAGAAAAGGAUACAGAAACAUUGACAAAGACACAUGAUUCUUUAAAAGUUAUUCAAGACUUUGUAAUAAAAGUAAAUAUUGCGAAUAAACAGUUAGAAACAAAAAAUGGGAGAGUUAUAAGUUAUAAAAUGUUAUGCCUUUGCAAUGGUGGCAGGCCCAAGCUUAUAGCAGAAGAUAAUGAUUUUGUAUUAGGAAUAAGAGACACAGAAUCAAUUGUUAAAUUUUCGGAAAAAAUAAAAAAUGCACGAAAAAUUGUUAUAAUUGGAAAUGGAGGCAUUGCUACCGAAAUUGUUCACGAAGUGGAUGGUGUUGAAAUGGUAUGGGUAAUUAAAGAUAAACAUAUUUCUGCAACAUUUGUUGAUCCCGGAGCUGCCGAAUUUUUCAUGGGUAAAGUAUAUAGAACCGAUAAAUCAACAAAUGUUAAUAUUAAAUCUCCAACUAAGAGAAUGAGAUACAGAAUAUCUGAUACCACAGCUGUAAAAGAUGGACCAGCUUUGGGUCCAGAUUGGCAUAAUAAUAUCGAUAUAAAAGGCACUUAUCUUAAAUCUUCAAAAGUGGAAAUAGAAUACGAAUGUGAAUUUGUUAAAAUUCUUAAUCAAUCAGAACAAAAAGAAUUUGAUCCUCAGCAAAACUGGCCUAUAUAUGUUGAAUUAACAAACGGAAAGAUUAUUGGUUGUGAUUUUAUUGUGUCAGCAACAGGUGUAAUACCAAAUUCUGACCUAACUGGUUUAGAAAGUGUUAGAAAAGGAGAAGAUGGAGGACUAUUAGUAGAUUGGAAACUAGAAACUUCAGAACAAGGCAUAUAUGCUGCAGGAGAUGUAUGCACUGCAGGGUGGGAGUUAGCUGAACAUUGGUUUCAAAUGAGAUUGUGGACUCAAGCUCACCAAAUGGGACGAUAUGCGGCAAAAGCAAUGGUUUCAAAAUUAAGAAAUGAAGAGUUUUUACAGGAUUUUUGUUUUGAACUUUUCACACAUGUUACUAAAUUUUUCGGUUAUAAAAUAGUUAUACUUGGUUUGUUUAAUGGACAGAAAUUAAAUAAUAAAUAUGAAGUACUAUUACGUAUGACUAAAGGACAUGAAUACAUAAAACUUAUACUAAAAAAUGGUAAAAUGCAAGGAGCAGUGUUGAUUGGAGAUACUGAUUUGGAAGAAAUGUGUGAGAAUUUAAUACUUGAUCAAUUGGAUUUAACCGAUUAUGAACAAGAUUUAUUAAAUCCCGAUAUUGAUAUCGAAGAUUAUUUCGAUUAAUAAUAUAUUAGAAACGCUCUUUGUUUCAUAUUAUUACAGUUAAUAUUGUGAAGAGUAUAAAAUGUUUGUAUGUACUCAACUAUGUAAGACUUUAAUUAUAGUUCUUAUUUAUUAUCAGUCCGUGACAUGUACAAAAUGUACAUGAAACAAUUACAUUAAUAAAAAAAA